AUUUGAGAUCCUUUGUUUCAUGGAUUCAACUGUGGGGAAAGAGGAUUGAUUCUUUGCCCAGCAAAAGAAUAUAAAGAUAACACUGGCUUAGAUUGAAGAUAAGAGCUCUGAUUAACAGGCGGCCAGGAGGGGGCCAGUCUCCUCUUUGAAAGCAGCAUUCAAACCAGAAAUUUGUUCCUGUUAAACCAGGGAGGACCAGGGGAGAUCACUCCAUCUGACCCUAUCAUGGGGCAGACUGAGGCACUGACAAAGGAAGGGCUCGGCCGGAGGGUACACAGUGAAACAAAGCCGAGCCAGAGCCGAGUUCCCCAGGUGCAGUUUUUCAUCUCCUGUCAAGUCAUGCCGUGUCUGCAACUCCAAGCUGAUGGCCUUGGGUGGAAAGCUCGGACUACUGUUUUACUCCAUCGCACCCUAAGGCUCCUCUCCUCCACCCACUGGGUCUGGUGUCUCCCAUCUCUAGCCUCGGGGCCUGGGGAAGAUUGUUCCCCCUCGAGCCUCCACGGGGUCUGCAAGUUCGUCAAGCACCACGGAGGCCGCUCUUGCCCCGCUUCUCAACGGUCCUGUUUCUGAGGCGGUUCAGCUUCGCCACCUGCCACCCCGUGUCUCUGUGCGAUCCCCCCAUUCUUGUGCAGCCAGCAAAUGACACCUCUUCCACAGGAUGCUGGGGCAACAUCCCCGUGCCCUUGUCGCAGUUCACCUCUCCGCUACCCCUAAAUACGCCUACACCCCCACUUCCUUUCGCUGAUUGCCGUGCUUCCGGCUGGGCUCCCCUCUAAUUGGCUGGUAGCGAGCUUCCUAGGGGACUUGGCCACUCGGAGGGCGCCACAGCGGCCACUCUAGCCGCUGUCCCGUGGUUUGGCCUCCCUCUUUCGGCCGCGAGCUCUAUGGUGCUGGCGACGACAUGUGGCGGCUGCCGGGACUCCUGGGCCGAGCUCUUCCCCGUCUGCUGGGACCUGGCCUUCGUGGGGUGACCCCCAAGUCCUCCAGCCCAGAUGGGCCUCAGGCUACCUCCUCCAACCUGCUGGUUCCUGUGCCCAGUUUUGACAGGUCCAGGCCCCACUGCCCUGGCCCAGGCACAAGCAGGGGCCCAAAGUCCCAUGGAUGGAAGGAUGCCUUCCAGUGGAUGUCUGCCUGUGGCUCCCGGAACACAUUGUGGGAUGCCAUAUCAUGGGGCACUCUGGCCGUGUUGGCCCUGCAGCUGGCGAGGCAGAUCCACUUCCAGACAUCCCUGCCAGCAGGACCUUGGCGAGUGGAGCACUGCUCUUGGUGCAGUCCGCUGGACCGCUUCCUCUCAUCUCCCUUGAGGCACCCUUGUUCCUCACUGCGGAGACACAUUCUGCCCAGCCCUGAUAGCCCAGCUCCCAGGCACACUGGCCUUGGGAAACGCAGGCUGGGCCAGGAAGAACCCUCCACUCAGCCUGAAAGCAUCUCUUCUCCCAGCUCCUUGAGAGCAGCUAGGCAUCAGGAUCCCUCUGAGGAAGAUCCCAGUGACAUCAGCUUCCUGCAUGCCAGCAGUAGCUUCAAGUCCAAGGCAAAGCCGGCCCAACCUCAGCCCACUGACGAAAAGCAGGAACAAGAGAAAUCAAAAAGUCUUUCCCUCGAGGAGGCCGUGACUUCCAUUCAGCAGCUCUUCCAGCUCAGUGUUUCCAUUGCUUUCAACUUCCUAGGGACAGAGAACAUGAAGAAUGGGGACUACAUGGCAGCCUUUUCUUACUUCCAGAAAGCAGCAGACCGCGGCUACAGCAAAGCACAGUACAAUGUGGGCUUGUGUCACGAGCAUGGCAGGGGCACCCCCAGGGACCCCAGGAAGGCAGCUUUUUAUUACCAAUUGGCUGCCAGCCAGGGCCACAACCUGGCUCAAUACCGCUAUGCAAGGUGCCUGCUACAAGACCCAGGCUCCUCGUGGGACCAUGAGCGGCAGAGGGCAGUGUCCAUGCUGAAGCGGGCUGCAGACUCAGGCUUACGAGAGGCCCAAGCUUUUCUCGGGGUGCUUUUCACCAAGGAGCCCUAUGUGGACGAGCAGAGAGCUGUGAAAUAUCUUUGGCUUGCAGCCAACAAUGGGGACUCACAGAGCAGAUACCACUUGGGAAUUUGCUAUGAGAAGGGCCUUGGGGUACAGAGGAGUCUGGGAGAGGCCAUGAGAUGUUACCAGCAGUCAGCAGCUCUGGGGAACACGCCCGCCCAGGAGAGGCUGCAGGCCCUCUUCUCCAUGGAGGCAGCAGCCCCAGGGCCCAGCGACCUAGCAGUAAGAGGACUGAAGUCGUUUUCCAGCCCCUCUCUUUGCAGCCUGAACAGGAGCCUGCUGGCAGGAGCCUCUUGCCUGCCACACGCCUCAAGCACAGGGAACCUUGGCCUCCUCUGUAGAAGCGGGCAUCUCCGAGCCAGCCCUGGAGCCCCCAGCAGGGCCAUCCCCCCACACCCCUAUCCCUUGGAAAGGAGUCUCGUCAGACUGGGUUUUGGCUAAGGCCUUCACGCUUCACUCAGCCCUAAAGAUGGAGCCUGCAAGUUCUCAGAGAGAUACCACAACUUGAAUCCCAAAGAAGAGGCCAAUUAUCCACCUGCCUCCCCAAAGAACCUUAAGUACCUGGCCAGCACAGUGAAGAAGAGGGAAGUAUAUAAAGACCCCGGUUCUGGCCACAUCCCCUCGAAGCAGUGGCCUGACUUGCUGUGUUGUUUCCUCAACUGUAGACCAAGGGCAGCGGUGUCUGCCCUCCUACCCACCAGGGCUGAGGUGGGACAUUUCACUGCGAAAGGACCUUGGUGCGCACUCAGGCCCCAGGAGGCAGAGUGAUGCCCUGUUUCCAUGGGUUUGUAAGUCAUCAGGCCAGGACUAGAAUCCUGCCUCUUGACCCCUGGCCCAGGGCUCUUUUGCACAGUUCUCACUGCAGUUUUAUGUGAAAGCUUUAUUAUCGUCCUGCCGACAAGAGAAGAUUGAGCCCCAGGAGUUUUGGUACCAGAGAGUGUAGAUUUCAAGAUCCUCGUUUGUGAAAGGUUUGUGCCAGAAAUGGAUGGGAGUUUAAUAAAAGAGAUACUGGAGAUUAUCUCA